GGGGCCGGGCGCGCGCUCUCGCGGUGAAGAGCUGCCGUGCGCGCGCGCGCCUCUCCAGAACGCACGGCGGCCGCGAGCGCGCGCUGUUUAACUCCGCUCCGCUCCGAGAAAAAGUGAUGCUCAGAGCCGCUCGGCAUGGAGCUGGGCUUCUCAGGGUUGUCUGUGGAGCUGGAGGAGGACUGUCUGUCCCGGGUCCCCGUCCUGCGGAGGAACUCUUACGUGCUCCACAAGCUGAGCGUGGACAUCGAGCCGCAGAGAUACAGCGAGACGCUCUCCAAAGCCCUGUCCUGGUCCACCGAGAACAUCCUGCUGUCCGAGAGAAGAGCGGCUGAGGCUUCGUCUCCGUCUCCGGUCUCCUCUCCCGCCGAGGUCGGCUCGGCUCCGGCCGGGGACUGGUCAAGCCCUGUCCGAACGCCUCUGUCCCCCAGCUCCGACUCCGACACCGAGGGCCCCAAGACCGAGAGCAGGGCCCCGAGACGGCCGUUCCUGAGCCGCCUGGAGCAGGAGGAGAAGGAGGACAUCGAGACCAAAGCCGUGGCCACGUCCCCGGACGGAAGAUACCUGAAGUUCAACAUCGAGAUCGGGAGAGGAUCCUUCAAGACGGUCUACAAGGGACUGGACACGGAGACCACGGUGGAGGUGGCCUGGUGUGAGCUUCAGGUACGAGAUCUGAGCGCAGAACCAGACGUAAGGGAACGCUUUAAUACAAGAAAACAUGUCUGAGAUACAGCUCCUUGAAAAUCUUAAUAUUGAGGAAAUCUCUUUUAAAGUUGUUCAAAUGAAGGCGUUAGCAAUGAAUAUUACUAGUCAAAAAAAGAGGCUCUGAGAUAUUGGUGGUAGGAAAUUUAUUAAAUAUCUUUACUUAUUAUAUUUAAUGUUUUUGGCAUAAAAGAUAUAUGCAGUGUCUUGUUUGUUUCUACAACCCUUGCUCUUAUGACUUUGAGAGGUUACACAAAGCGUGUGUUUUCUGAAAUGCUGUUUGACGAGACGCCUGCUGCUUGAACUGCUUUCUUGAAAUCUUUCUUUAGAAAUAAGACCUGCUCCGAGAUUACAUGCAAAGAAACAGUAAUUCAAAUUUGGAUACAGUUCAUUGUUUUAUUACAAAUGAAUUAAGUACUCAUUUAAUAAAGCUUUACAAAUAACAGAAUGAA